UGUUUGUCCAAAAAAUAGAAAGGAAAGAUAUAUCAAACAAAUUAAAAGAAAUUCCAUUACAUUUCCAGUAUAUAAUCCCCCUAAAAAAAAUCUAUAAAAGCAGUUACCAAAUUGGAAAAAUUAAAAUAACCAAAAACAGAAUAAAAAAAUCAAAAGAAAAAUGUGAACAAAAAAUCCUCUUCCCUACAAGCCUACACACAACAAGCGACUAUAAAAUACUGCUAAGAAGACACCCUUUUCACCAAAUUCACUCUCUUCGCAACAAUCUUUAUUCUUCAAAGUUUUGGUUUAAUAGACCAAAAGAGUAGACCAUGGUAAUUGUCUUACAGCCAGCCACUUUUGAUAGCAACCUCUAUGUUAACCCAAAAUGCAAACCGAGUCCGGUUUUAAUCCCUGUUAUAGACUUAACCGACUCAGACGCCAAAACCCAAAUCGUCAAGGCAUGUGAAGAGUUUGGGUUCUUCAAAGUCAUCAACCAUGAGGUCCGACCCGAUCUUUUGUCCCAGUUGGAGCAAGAAGCCAUCAAGUUCUUUGCUUCGCCUCACUCUCUCAAAGACAAGGCAAGUCCACCCGACCCGUUUGGAUACGGUACUAAACGGAUCGGACCCAAUGGUGACGUAGGCUGGCUUGAGUAUAUUCUUCUUAAUGCUAAUCUUUGCCUUGAGUCUCACAAAACCACAGCCGUUUUCCGGCACACCCCUGCAAUUUUCAGAGAGGCAGUGGAAGAGUACAUGAAAGAAAUGAAGAGAAUGUCGAGCAAAGUUCUUGAAAUGGUAGAGGAAGAGUUAAAGAUAGAGCCAAAGGAGAAGCUGAGCCAUUUGGUGAAAGUGAAGGAAAGUGAUUCGUGUCUGAGGAUGAACCAUUACCCGGAGAAGGAAGAGACUCCGGCCAAGGGAGAGAUUGGGUUCGGUGAACACACUGAUCCACAGUUGAUAUCACUGCUCAGAUCAAACGACACGAAGGGUUUUCAAAUCUGUGUCAAAGAUGGAACUUGGGUCGAUGUUUCACCUGAUCACUCCUCUUUCUUCGUUCUUGUCGGAGAUACUCUUCAGGUGAUGACAAACGGAAGAUUCAAGAGUGUGAAACAUAGAGUGGUCACUAAUACAAAAAGGUCAAGAAUAUCGAUGAUCUACUUCGCAGGUCCUCCUUUAAGCGAGAAGAUUGCACCAUUGUCAUGCCUUGUCCCAAAGCAAGAUGAUUGCCUUUAUAAUGAGUUUACUUGGUCUCAAUACAAGUUAUCUGCUUACAAGACUAAGCUUGGUGGCUAUAGGCUUGGUCUCUUUGAGAGACCACCUCCAUUUUCUUUAUCCAGUGUUUGAGGCUAUUAUUAUUUUUGGUUUUUGUAAGUCCCAACAAGAAUAACAAGCUAGAGAAAUAGAUAAGCUUUUUAUGCUUCUUAUAAUCAGGCCCAUAUAGGCCUAAUUAGACAUCUCUUAGGGAUUUUCAAAAUAUUAGCUUGUGGGUCGAAUAUUAUUUUGUAAGCCUUCAAAUCCUCUUUUUAAGCCAAGUCCAUUAUCGAAGACGAACAAGUCGCAAUCAGGAAUCUGUGAUAACAAGAUUGGUAAAAUUUCUGGAGUUGUUGUUAUCACAUUCGU